AUGAAUCUAAAAGCUGUUUUUAAAUGGUUUUAUGAAAAAAUAAUUAAUUACAAUCUUUUUAUGUUGGACGAAUAUGACUAUGAAGGUAGCGAUACAAUUAAAGAUCCUAUAUUGGUUCUUACACAAGAAAAAUACAAAACUAGAUUGUAUAUUAUACUUCUCGCAGUAUGUCUUUAUGUGUUGUUCUAUGGAAAUUUAACAAAACUGGAACCUAAAACAGUUGUUAUUGCCAAUAUAACACCUGAUAGGUUUGGUCAAUUAUAUUUCGAAUAUAAUCAAACACUUUCAUGUCCAUGUUCAACAACUACAAUACCGUAUUCGAACUUUGUUGUCAAGAGUGUUGCAAUGCAUUCUGUUUGUUCGAGUGUUUUUGUCAGCAAAGAAUGGAUCGAAGGAUUAUAUUUGAUAGAAGCAAGUUUGUAUAAUUCAUGGGAUUUUCGAAAAUCGGCUUAUUCACAGUUUGAACUUCUCUCUCGCUUAUGUUCACUUUCCGACGAGAUCGUUUUUCAACUUCAAACUGAUGUUAACAAUACUCAACUUCUUACAAUUAAUCUUCUUUCCAUAGAGCAAAUUCAGAUGGAAAUAAACAACACGAUUGAAUUUCAGAGAAAGAAUGCUUUUGGUCAAAUCGUAUCAUUUCUGAACUUUUGGCAAACAACAAUUCAAAGAAACUAUCUAGCUUCAGCUCUCGGCACCAAUUGGUUCGUGUUUACCGACUAUAGAUCAAAUGAUCCUAGUAUAUGGGGAUUUCCAACACCAUACCCUUCGGGAAACGAAUCCUAUAUAAAAUGUGACUACAAUUAUCCAGUGAUACCAGCUUUUCUUCCUCCACGAUCAAAUGAUUCCAAAGAUUUUGAAAUCAGUUUUAACCUGAUACCUAAUUCUACAAUUGUGAAAGGUUUUUCGAUAACAUGUACACCUCUUGAUGCACUUCUUGGAAGCACAUUGGAUUGUUUAUAUGAUACCGAAUGUAUUCAACUAUUAGUCAACUAUUUUCCAAAUCUCACUCUGACGAACAUUAAUUGGACUAAUUCAACUUUAACUUCUCAACAUGACAAUCAUUCUGUGUUACACUAUUUCGAAAAUCUCUUUAUAAAAACCUGGUUACCAAGUAUGAAUUAUGCUGCAUACUUCAAUCAAUGUUCUCCAUCAAUGUGCACAUAUACAACAACAGAUAACAGAAGUUUAUCUUAUACAAUCACACUUUUCAUUAGUUUGUAUGGUGGUCUUAUCAUCAUACUUCGUUCAGUUGCAUCCUAUUCAAUCGAUAUUUUAUUCAAAUGUACACAUCGUCAAAAUAAUUCAAAUGAAAAUCUGAGACAUCGAAAUAGAAAUAUGUUUAAAACAUUUACAUCCAUCAAAGAAAUGAAUUUCUUCAAGAAUAUUAAUGAUCGAACAGCAAAGGGCAUUACACAACAAAAAAUCAUUACCCGCGUCUAUUUAAUUUUAUUACUAAUAUCAAUGUGCAUUGUUUGUCUCUAUACAUCAUUGAACAAUGAAAAUGUAAUCACAAUUCAAUCACAUCCUUCGUUAACAACUUAUAAUUCACUAGAUAGUCAAUACUCAUCAAUCCUUCAAUGUCCAUGUGCAAAUAAAGCAAUACCAUAUCGAACAUUUCUCUCAUUGUCUCCAAUUUUUCAUCAAAUAUGUUUAAGUAGUUUCGUUACCAAUGAAUGGAUCAUUCAAAUGAUGUCUAGUGCAGAAGACAGCAUUCCUUAUGAUUGGCGUCGUGAAGCAUUUAAAUACUUUCAAAUCUUAUCUGAUCUUUGUCAGGUAGCAAAUAAAACGAGUAAUGCAGCAAUUGACAAAUUUCUUGCACAAUUNCGUAUGAUUUUAUGA